AUGGAAUCUGUUCAUCAUGUCUCGACUUCAUCAAAGAUUCUCUUCAGCAAGGUCCGCAAGAUUGUGCCCCCAAUGCUGGAGAAAUUUCACAAAGGACAACUUGGUCGUGUAGCCGUCAUUGGAGGCUGCGCUGACUAUACUGGCGCUCCAUACUUCUCCGCCAUGGCCUCCGCAAGACUUGACACCUCGCCAGCCAUUAACAACAAGCAGAGCCAUGUCCUCUGCGAACGAUCCGCAGCAACGGUCAUCAAGGGCUACUCCCCAAAUCUGAUGGUUCACCCAUUACUUCCAAGCAAAGCCACAAUCAACAACUCUAUCUCAUUCGAUGCACCGACACUAGCAGCCCCGAUAAUCGGCAUGCUCUCACGACUACACGCACUGGUCAUCGGUCCAGGUCUUGGGCGUGACGAAGUAACGCUGAAAGUGGUUGCCGAAGUGAUCCGAGAAGCGCGAUCGCGAUCGAUUCCAUUUGUGCUGGAUGCAGAUGGGUUGCUGAUAGUAACGGAAACCCCGGAUCUGAUUAAGGGAUACAAGGACUGUAUCCUGACGCCCAAUGUGGUUGAAUUCGGCCGUCUUGCCAAAGCACUAGGAGUCAAAGUCUUCAGUCCGGCAGAGUUAGCGAAGAGCGGAGACACCAAUGUGACCAACAAGGAAUCAGAUGCCUGUGAACAGCUAUCUCGGGCCCUUGGCGGUGUGACUAUUCUCCAAAAGGGUCCUCAUGAUGUGAUUUCCAAUGGGGUUACGAGUAUCAUUUCUGAUACGAAGGGUGGCUUAAAGCGCAGUGGUGGUCAAGGAGAUACCCUGACAGGAUCAUUGGGGACCUUCCUUGCCUGGAGAUUGGCUUAUCAUGAUCAGCUGUGGGAUUCUGGGGAGAAGGAGAACGAGAAGGAGGCGCAAAGCAAAGAGGAUGUUGAACGAGAACUUAAAUCCGAGGAUAAGCGCAUGUCGCCUACGACGACAUUACUGCUGGCCACUUGGGCUGGAAGCAGUAUUACACGGGAAUGCUCGCGGCGGGCGUUUGAGGCCAAGGGGCGGAGUAUGCAGGCUAGCGAUCUGACUGAUGAAGUGCACCAUGUAUUUUUGGACUUGAUUGGAGAGCCAGAACAAUCGCAUCUGUAG